AGGCACCUCCAGCUCUCCACAAGUCAAUUUGGAGUGCAGGAAAGGAGGAGGCGAUGGGUGUCAGAGGGUGGUUUCCCACAGCAGGGCUGCUGGCUUGGCUGUGCUGCCUCAGUCUGGGGCCCGUUCAGGGGGGGAAGGUGCUGGUCAUGCCUGUGGAUGGAAGUCACUGGCUCAGCAUGAAGAUUCUGGUGAAGGAGCUCAGUCGCAGAGGCCAUGAGGUCACAGUUCUGGUGCCUGAAAGCAGCCUGCUGAUCAAAGGCUCGAAGGACUACAAGACGGAGGUCCACAAAGUUCCCUUCACCCAGGAGGAACUGAAUGGAAAGUUUGACAAACUCAGGGAGUCGGUGUUCGUCAAGACCCCAGAGUUUACAGAUAUGUUUGUCAAUGUGCAGCGUUUGGUGGAGUUUACCACCCUGCAGGUGAAAGGUUGUGAGAGUCUGCUGGACAGCGAGGAUCUGAUGGAGAGGCUGAGAGGAGAAGGAUUCGAUGCCAUGCUGACCGACCCCUUCCUUCCCUGCGGCUCCAUCCUGGCUAAGAUGUUUUCCAUUCCAGCUGUUUAUUUUCUGCGCGGGCUUCCAUGUGAGCUGGAUUACAAGGCCAACCAGUGUCCCUCUCCGCCUUCUUUUGUUCCCGUGUUUUACUCCGGGAGCACAGACAAAAUGAACUUCCUGCAGAGAGUGAAGAACUUCUUCAUGUACAACGUGCAGUCCUACGUCUGCACGGUGCUUUACCAGCACUUUGACGAUCUGGUUAGCAGGCGCAUCGAAAGUGGCAUGUCCUACAAAGAUCUCCUGAGCCACGGGGCGAUCUGGCUCUUCAGAUAUGAUUUCACUUUUGAAUGGCCCAGACCCCUCAUGCCAAACAUGGUGUUGAUUGGUGGAAUCAACUGUGCCAAGAAAGCCCCUCUCCCAACCGACCUGCAGGAGUUUGUGGACGGCUCAGGAGACGACGGCUUCAUCGUCUUCACGCUGGGCUCAAUGGUGUCCACAAUGCCUGCGGAGAAGGCCAAACAGUUCUUCGAUGCAUUCCGCCAGAUCCCCCAGAGGGUUUUGUGGAGAUACACAGGAGAGCUGCCCGAAGAUAUGCCCAAAAAUGUUAAAGUUAUGAGUUGGCUACCUCAGAAUGACCUUUUAGCCCAUCCCAAAAUCAAAGUCUUCAUAACUCAUGGAGGCACCCAUGGAAUCUAUGAGGGCAUCUGCAACGGGGUGCCCAUGUUGAUGUUUCCUCUUUUCGGGGACCAGGGGGAUAACGUGCAUCGGUUGGUGGCUCGCGGGGUUGCAGAGAAGCUCAGCAUGUUGGACGUGACGACUGAAACUCUACUGGCUGCACUGAAGAAACUCAUUUAUGACAAAAGCUACAAAGAGCGGAUGGCGACUCUGUCCUCCAUCCACUUAGACCGGCCCAUUGAGCCGCUGGAACUGGCGACUUUCUGGACCGAGUUUGUCAUGAGACACAAAGGAGCCACACAUCUACGGGUGGCUGCACAUGACCUGAACUGGUUUCAGUACCACAGCCUGGACGUCAUCGGCGUCCUCGCCAUCGUCGUCAUCACCGUGCUGUGGGUGACUCUGAAAUGCUGCUCGUUCGGCGUUCGCAAGUGUUGUGGACGCCGAAGCUCAAAGAAGAAGUCUGAGUGAGGAAACGGUUCAAACGCCACUGUGAAGUUUCAUUGAGGUGCACUGUUUGUGUGUGAACGUGUGUGUACAAAGUGUAAGACAUCCAUAAGCAAUGAUUUCCUAAACCCCUCUUUGAAAUAAUAAAAAGAAAAAAACA